AUGCCGCUGCCAUAUACACCAUACAAGCUUGCGUCGGCAUCGCUUGCGGCGCCAUCAGCCCUGGUCGGCCAGAAUCGCGACGAAGAUGCCGUCGCUGUGCCCACUCCUCAUCAUCCGGGCUCGGAAGGUGAAGCCGAGCCCACCAACGUAGCUCAACAUCACGCUGUCGACGCUCGUCUCUACUUUCCUUCUUCCUCGUCCCAUCACUUCGACGGAGGGUACGUCUUGGCGCGGGUGGUUGCAGGAGGCCGGGAGCUGCAGCUGCUGUGGUCCACCAUCGGCGACCAGACCGCUGUUGCAGGCUCCUCGUCCAAGGCGCUAACAAGGAAGCAAGACACCUUUUCAGCAUCGCUCAGCCCAAAGUUGGCAUCUGAACCUGCACGGUCCUUCCUCUUUCCGGCACCACUGCUGCCCGGCAUCGGUCUGUUCGCCGAUCCUACUCCGAGCAAACUCUACGUGAUCGCAGUCACCACGACAGGCUUCCUCUAUCGACUCGUCUUCUCGGCGCCACAUCUCUUCCACGACUCCAGACUAGCAUCCGACUGGUCCUCAGAAUACCGCAUUCAGCACAUCGCUUCGUCAGACUCGGUCCUCUCCGCUUCGAUCCGCGGCGCAGCAAACGCCGCCCAGCUCUACGUGAUCGACUCCGGCCUUGCUCUCGUGACGUGCGCCGAUGGCACCAUUGUCAAGCUCAGCCGCUCGAGCAGUGGCUCCAGAGACACCAAUGACGGUGCUUGGAAGGAGAACGUGCUUCGGCCAACGUCGUUCCUGUCGGGCGUCUCCCGCUUCUUCGGCAGGUCCAACGCCAUCUCCGACUCUGAAUCGUCUCCGAGCUACGCUCUCUCGCUCGAUGUGUUUUCGGGCGAACAUGGCAACGCCCUGGCUUUUGCAGCCAGCCGAGACCGCAAGCUGCGCGUGUGGAAUCUGCUGACCGACUCGUGCAUCCGGACGAUCGACCUGCCGCUGCAGAUGGACUCGCUGGCGUCGAGCGAGAGGCAGUUGGUCGUCAAGGAGGACGAGAGCGCGAGCGCAUCGGAAGGCUCCGAGACACAAGCGUACUUCAGCACGGUCUCACGGCCUUUCGUCAAGGUCUUCACGCCUGGCUCGGAUGACAGAGAAGGAUAUGGCUUGUACGUUCUGGCCUACAUCCCAGCUUCGCCUCCUUCUGGCAACUUCUUUGCACUCUACGGCGUCGAGCUUGAAGACACCAAAGGCUCCUCGGGCGGACUCGGCGAAGUCACGCUCCUGUGGCAGAAGCGCUGCGACGCCGAUACGCGCGGUCGCAAUGUCGAGCUGCGAGACGUGCUCUUCACACCACAGGGCGAGCGAGGAGAUGGCUGGCUCAUGUGGGCGUUGUGGGAUGCCGGCGCCGGCCCCAUCCUCAAGUACGCCAAGGUCGGCGUAGAGGCAGCCAACCCCGACGAAAGCUCCAUGAGCAUCCGAUCGAUGGCCGAGGAUCUCUCCAAAGACGAUUGGCGCACGGUCUCUUCCGAACGCGUCUACAGGCCGCUACACGGAGAAGACUUCGAAGCUACACUCGAGGCGACCAGGGAGGUGAUCGAUGCUGCAGACAUCUUUAUCGAACGUGUUCUCGAGCCCGGCCGCUUCUCUGAGGCGACCUUGCGACUCGCCCUCUCGACCUACAAAGAAGUCUCCUCGUCUUCCGCUGACCCACCGUCGACCCUGUUCGCAAGCCUCCGCGACGAGGUGGCGGCGACAGUCGCAAGCGGAUGCCGGCUCGAGAACGACCCAAGGACCGGCGGCCCGAUGUACGAGAAGCUCUACGCUGCCCGCGUUCGCGAGUGGAUGCGCUUCGUCGGGCUUGCAGAGCAGAUCGAGGCGGCAGCGCGGUGGCCCAUCGGGCUGUCACUUCCAGCGUCCAGCUUCGAUGGCGGCAAAGGCGACGGCGAGCCGGUCGUUCCACUUGUCAUCAGCAGAGACACCAUCGCGCUGCCGGUCAACGAGGACGAAGCGAGCAUCAUCGAACGGCUACAGCGAAACCUCUUCGGCGCGCCAAGCAAGGUGCGCCCUGGUGCUGCUUCCGACUUUGCUAACGAGGAGCGAGCCUUGCUCAUCCACGCGGCAGACUCACACCCGACCAACAUCCUGCCCACGCUGGGUCGAACUUCCGCUACCGUCGCCGAAGUGCUCACCCUGGUGGAGUCGGCUUCCGAGCUUACAUCCUGCUUCACUGCGCCAGAGCUGGAAGCGUUUGCUGCAGGCCUGCAGAACCUCCUCUCCGACUCACUCAAGAUCUCGGUCAAAGAAGCACUCGCCGACGUCUGGAGCAACAACUUUGCUGCACUCGGCGGUGAAGAGGCAAGCGAGGUUGUAGCUCGCAUCGCUACCGAACUCGGCGCGAGCCUCGACAGCACAUUGACGGACAUGGCAGUACUACUCAGCGAGACCGCCAGCGGUGCCAGCACACCCAACAACGUAUCUUCUGUCGCAUCGACCGACCUCGGCUCCGCUCUCGCCGCGGAUGGGCUCGUUCAGACCCUCACGUCUCGUCAUCGUCUUGCUGUUUCGUUCAUGCUCCUGCUCUCUGCUCUGGCCGCGGAAGACAAGAUGGCCGAUGUGGUGGACAACGAGAGCAGACAGAUCGCUUCCGCUCUGAGCAUUUUCCAGUCGCUCGGUGCUGCGCUGCAACUUGCCCGCACCGAUGCUGCUCUCCAAGUCGCCGGCAAUGCGACCGACAUGGCCGAAUCGGACUCGAUCGUCGCCAAGCUCAACCAAAUGUCGGUGGCCGGACGCAAGAGUCGCGAGCCGCAUCACUUUGCCGCGCCGACGCUGCUGCACCAGUGCGUGCGCGAUGAAGUUCUCAGCACAUCCAGCGCCUCCGCUGAGGAUGCUGGGCUGGGCUUCUCGCUGAAAAUAGCCGUGCUGAGGAGCCUCUGGUCGCUCGGCCUGACGGAUCUGCGCGACACGCUGGCUGCCGGUGCCAAGCCCCUGUUGCCCUACUUGAACGAGCGCCACACGUCGCUCGCCUUCGCUGUUCUGGUGCAGGGCUAUCCGCUCGCCGCCGAGACGUUCCUGUCCAGCUUCCCACAGACUUCAGCAGGCGAAUACGUGCGAGCUCGUGCGCUCGUCCAGCUGCAGAGCCUCGACGACGCCAGCACGGCCUUUGAGAAUGUGGUACCCGCGCUCGAGCUGGUCCCCACCGCACGCAACCGAGCCAACAACGGGCUGUUUGAGCUCCUUCCCUCCUCCAUCACCAGCUUGGAAGGCGAGCACCGCGUCGCGACGUACCUCCGCCACGUGGCGCGCUUCUUCGAGCCCUUCGAGGCGUACGAGUACAUCAUCCGGUUCCUGCAAUCGAGCAUCGAGGCCGUCGGCACCUACUCUGACCCGUCCGGCAUCACGGCGGCACCCAAGGAGGUGUGGUUCACCAUCUUCCGCAGCCAGCUUGCGCUGGACGACUUCAACGCUGCCUACGCCACGGUGAUGUCAACGCCGCACCAGGACGUGAGGAGGGACUGCCUGCGCCAUCUGGUCAGCGUCAUGUGCGAGAGCGGUCACAUCCAGCCCUUGCUCCACUUCACCUUCCCGGGUUUGCAGAGCGAGGUGGAGAAGACGCUCUCGUUCAAGGCGCGCAACAGCGAUGCGUUGUCUGAGCCGAAUUACUACGCGGUGCUGUACGCGUAUCAUGUGUUUAGGGGCGACUGGAAGUCGGCGGGUGCGGUGAUGUAUCAGCAGGCAGAAAGGUUGGGUGAGCUGUACCGCGCUCCGGCGGACGGACGGGAUGCUGUGGAGAGGUUUACGCUGGUGGCCGUCGAGCAGGCGCAGAGCUAUUUGGCGAGUAUCAAUGCGCUGACGCUGUUGCAGGGGGAGCAUGCGUGGUUUGCGCACGCGGCUGCGGAGGAGGCGGGCGAUGAGGAGUCGCUGUUCGAAAGCAAGAUACCUAGGGGUGCAGCGGUGAAGGGGAGCGAUCUGACGCACUACAUCCCCGCCUCGGCGUACAGCCAGCGUGUUCGGCCCAUCCGCAUCGUCAGCGUCGCAGAUGUGCGACGCGAGUACACCCUCGCCUUGGCCAGGCUCGAGUUGGUCAAGCGGUACCCCGAUUUGGCGCUGCCCACCACCGUGCUCAGGCCAACGGACGCCGUGCUGCUCUUUGUCAACUGCGGCGCAUUCGACUCGGCCUUCUCCACAGCCUGGAGCCUUGGUGUCGACAUGACGCCCAUCUUUGCCGCGCUCACCGUCAAGGCUGUUGCUCUAUCUCGCGCCAAGCUCGAUCGCGACGCAGUGACACCCACUGAGGAUGUCCAUCCCGAGAUUGCAGAGCUGCAAGAGGCGGACGAGGAUGCAGCGGAACCGGAGGCGCUGUUCCUGGCGCAAUCGGAAAAGUCGGCGUCAUGGAUAGGGCCUGCCGCGGAACGGGCGUGGCGCUUCGUACGCGAGCACCUGCGUAUGUACGACGAUGAGGAGGGACGAUACCACCAUGUCGUACUCUCGCGUGCUGCGGCAUUGGAUCACAGGGUCAUCCCGGGCUGGUUGACGGGGUGGUUCACCGAGACGCACAACGCCGACGUGCUCCUGCGCGUAUACAUUGAUAACGCGCUCGUCGUUGAGGCUGCCCGCUUUGCCAUCGACAGGUUGCGCACGGCAACCAAACAGGUUGGAGGAUUGACAAGGGCGAACGAGCAGUUCAUCAGCGAUCAUGUUCUCGACACGAUCCUGCUCAAUCUGGAUGCAAACGAGGGCACGGUGGUGCAAAGCAGGAAGGAGGAGGCGCGCAAGGCUAAGGGCGAUCUGGAGCAGGCGAGACGCACCUAUAUCGAAGCGAUUGGGAAGAGGGGUAGAACGCUCAAGCGACACGCAGAGGAAGAUGCGUUCAGGAAAGAGAGGCGGGGCGAGCAGCUGCGUGCGUUCUGA